CUCCAUGACGAGUAUAUAAAAGAAAGACAUUUCUACAGGAAAUUACAAUCAGUCUGGCUAUUGAUUAGAAACGACUUUAAUUUGACCGAAUUCUAACGUCAUCGUGCGCUUAGUGAUAGACAGUGAUUCGAUAGUGAAAAUGAAGCUGGUUUCGGCUGCUUUUCUGAUUACGGUUGCUCUCUCUGUAGUGCUGGCGCAAAAUGAUGGAAGAUAUAGACCACCAACGACAACUUCUACCGUGCGUCCGUUUACCAGAUACAGACCAUAUCGACCGUACGAUCCUUUUAAUCAGCUAGGUCGCUAUCAGGGUCGAAACGAUGGUCGCUACGUGGGUGGGAAUGAUGGGCGCUAUUACGGGGGUAACGAUGGGCGCUACAUUCCCGGAAAUGAUGGAAGGUAUGUACACUUGGACGGAAAAUAUCAGCAUGUAGGUGAUGGGGAUCGCGGCAAGUAUAAACACGUAGUGGGUCCUUCCGGGUCUAACGCUGGGAAACAAGGCUCCUCCGGAGGUGGAAAUGGGGCGGCAGCUAGCGGUGAUGGUGCCAAUAUAAGCCCAGCUCCAACUUCUGCUGCACCUCCUGUUCCAACAACAGCGUUCAUUGCCACCACUCCAGUACCAGUGUUGGCAAAACGAGUUCAGCAAAAAAUAACUCCUCGCUUGGGUGACGCAGAUGGGUGGAAAAUCAUUCGAUUGGAAAAUAAUGUUCGCAAGGAUGGUUACAAUUACGUAUUUGAAACCGAGAAUGGCAUCAACGCCGAAGAAUCGGGCCGAAUCGAAAGUGACGGCCAAGGAUCCGAGGGACUGCGCUCGCAGGGAUUCUAUGAGUACGUUGGCGACGAUGGGCAGGUGUAUCGGGUAGACUACGUUGCUGAUACUAACGGAUUUUUACCACAAGGCGAUCACAUUCCAAAGGUGCCACCGGCGAUCGAAAAACUGCUACAAUAUUUGGCCAGUCAACCGAAGAAAUAGUGAAUUAGUGAAUUAACGAAAAAUGAAAAAAGUGCAUGCUUUCAAACAGACUUGUUCUCAACUAACCGGUGUAGAGUAGUAUAACAGUUAUAAGAGUAACGCUACUCACAGAAAAUCCCUGAAAGUAGGCAGAAAAGUGUAUACUACAUUAAACAUCGCUUUUGUUUAUCCUUCAGCACUUCAUUUUCCAAAACGAUAAAAUGAAAAUAUUUUUUGUAAAAAUAUGUUAAAAGAGAACUAAUUUGUAAUCCAGUACCAUUUGUAUAAUAUUACAAAUGUUUAUGGACGAGUAUACGAAGUAUAUUAUCUAUGAAUAUUACUGUCAAUUAUACAAGCAUAAAAAAUAGUAUGAGAGAAAAUUUAUUUCAUCGACACCAAAUUCGAUUACUUUGUAUUUUAUGCCAAUCAGCCGCAGUGAAUUCUAAGCCGGUUUAGAACGUAAAUCACCCAAUUAUAUUUACAAAAACACAUGUAACAUAAUCAUCAGUAAUUCAAUUACAAUAAACUAAAAUUGUCUUUAUUUUUACAGAAUCACAUUUAUAGAUUCAAAAUCGUUUCAAAACAAAAAUUUACUAAAA